GGAAGUAACGUUGUGUCUGUUGUCGUUUCAAGAAAUGUUCAAAGUUAGUGGCGCGUUAGCUACAACGCUGCAUUUUUAAUAUUUUUGCAUAUGCUAUGCCACGUUUACCAGUUAUAACUAUUGCCAGUGGAUAGGUUAUUGCCAAGCAACAGUAGAUGAAAUGAAUCUACGCGAUACCGGUGAAAAACUGACCUCUCCAGCUGAUUUCUUAUCAUCCAAUGUUGGAAGAAAUACAGAGAGGAAUCUGAUGCCUCCGUCGCAUUUUAUUUCGAGCCACAGUUCCACACAGCCUUCGAUUCAAGUCCGCCAGUUCCCAACCCGAACAUCAUCCCACACUGCUUCUUCGGCGUUGUCAGGCCCUCAUGGAUUUGGGGUACCUGCGAUGCCGUGGACCUCUGCAGCAACAUCAGCACCAGGGGACCCUUGGCUGGUCAUCGCCCAGACAAAUAAAGAGAUGCAGGAGCUGCGUGAAGAAAAUAAGAGGCUGAAAGAAAAAAGGUUUUCAUCAUCACCAUCAGCACAGCACAACACAUCCAGGUGUGUUGAGAGUAGAGGACUGGAGUCGGAGUGGCGUUUGGAACUUGAGAGGAUGCGUGCAGAGUGUGAGAGGCUACGAGGACAGGUGGAGACCUUGAGAGACAACACUGCCAGGCAGAGGGAGGAGAUCCGAGAGAAAGAUGGUGCUAUUCACAGGAAGGAUCAUGAGCUGGAGGAGUUGAGAGCUGAGGCGUGCCGCAGCAAGGCAGAGUUGACCCAGACUGGGGUGGACCUGACUCAGAUGAGAGAGGAGCGGGACAGACUUACUACUCAGUUGGAUAAACUUCAGAACGAUUAUGCCGAAGAACGUAAUAAAUAUCUGCGGGAUCUGGAAGCUUGCAGGCAGGAUGUGCAGAGGCUGACGUGCGAGACUCAAAAACGGAGUCUCCGAGCUAAGGAGGAGGCUACUUUAGAAGCAGCAAGACUUCGAGAGGAGCUAGAGGAAGCCAUGGAGUCACACCAGAGUCAAAUUGAUCAGAUGUCCUCAGACCACAGAGAAGAGGUGGAUAUUUUGAAGCAGGUCAACACGGACCAGAAGCUCAGGCUGGAUGAUGUUACACAGGAAGUGACCUCAAUCAGAGGCCGCAUGGUGGCCGUCAACACAGAGAGAGACAGUCUGCAAGAACAGUUAAGCAAGUUGCACCAGGAAUUUGAAGCUCAGGGAGAGACGAUUCAGAGCCUUCGGAUUUACAUCGGCCAACUAGCCCCAGAACACGGACAGCAGGAGAGGCUGACUGAGAAAAUACAGGCCCUGGAGAAGGAGAAGGAGGCCCUGCAGACUUCACUGGAGCUCGUGAACAUCAGGCUGAAGUCUGCAAACGACAUCUUGGCCAUCCAGGAGAAAGAGCUCAUAGAUGAGAUGAAGUGUGGCUCUGUGCUGAAGGGCAGGAGUAAAGGCAGUAGAGUGCUGGCCCUAUGGAGACACAAGGUCUUCAUGCUCCUGGUGCAGCUACGCUCCAACGACAUGCACUACACUGGAGAGAAGAACACUCUGAACACCACAAUCAGUUCUCUAGAGGGGGAGUUGGUCAGAGAGAGGGCUCAGCAGCGUCUGGUUGAGCACACACUGCAGGACAGACAGGCUCAGCUGGAGCUGCAGGGGCUGAGCAUACAGACUCUGAAGCAGGACCUGACCAGACUCAUUGAGGAGAACAACAAACUGAGACAGGAGAACCAGAGCAGGGCAAAAGCCCUCAGUGAUAUUUCCACGAAUGCGCAAAGCUGUGCUGUUGUGUUUGAGAAGAACAUGGUCGACAUGCAAGCGGCGCAGGGACGUCUCAGCAGCUUAGGACAGAGAGCUACCUUCGCAGCACGCAGAAUUGAUAUCAUUCAAGGUCUGCUCAUGAGAAGAGAGGCUUUACGAAAAGUUCAAGAGACUGCAAAACCUUCAGAGACCCAGUCAGAAAGAAGGUGCAUUGUAGACCUCCAGGCAGAGGUGGCGAUGUUGAGCACAGAGCGAGACCAGCUGGCCCAGGAGAUGAAGCGCACCCCUGAGCUGAUCCAGACCGCCCUCUCAGACCUGCAGGAGAAGACGGACAUGGAGGUGUGUCGUCUGAGCCAGGCGUUGGUGGCGCGUCAGCAGGAGGUGCAGGAGAGUGAGGCCGGUCGCCAGGAGACCCAGGAGGAGCUGAAGCAGCUGCAGGAGCGCACCCAGGAGCUGGAGGGCCUCCUUGCGGAGCUGCGUCAGGAGGCCCAACGCCAGCAGGAGCAGGCAGAGCAAGAGUCGAGACAGAAACUGUCUGAGAUGGAGAGCCAAUGCCAAAGCCAGCUGUGGGCCAUGGAGGCUCAGGUGAACACAGCUCGAAGAGAACACACCAAAGCAGUUGUAGCUCUGCGACAGUGUGAGCGGCAGGCGGAGAGAGCUCAAGAGCAAGAGAGAGCAGCACACACACUCCAGAGCGAGCACGCCCUCAGAGAGAUCGAGCUGCUCAACAAGCAACUCAAGGAGAAGGACAAAGACAGGAACCUGCUACUG